AUGAGAGUCGCGAUCCGGGAGCAGCUCGCAGCCCUUGUGAUAUUUGCCGUCCUCGUUGCGCUCGCCAUUGUCUCGAUUCCAACAUGGAUAUUUGUCAACAAUUUUGUCAUUGGCGUUGAGUCGGGUGGUCUGCUUCUGACUGCCUCGCUCAAGGCUGCAAGGAUAUCAUCCGAAAUCGAUCUGAUUCAGACAACAUGUCUUACCAUCUCGACGCGCUUGAUGCUGCAACAAGCAUUCAAGAACUAUUAUCAAGGGAAAACCGAACCUGGAAGCGAAGAUCCCUGGGUGGAAGCCGUCGCCGAUCUCAAAAGCGCUCUCGGCAGCUCAGGCUUCUCGGGACUUGUGCAAGGCCGCUUAUACUCGAGGAAUUCAACCGGCAAUGCCAAUGGGCUAUUGAGUAUCACCGGAAACGGAAACGGUGGCCCCAUUUAUCUUCCCUACCUGGGAAGUAACGGCUUGCCGGUUGUGCUUGGAGACGAUACUUAUGGCAACGGCUUCCCGCCCAUGCUCUAUCCAAACAUCAGCUACCGAAAUAACGGCCGGCAACACCAGUUCGUCAACACGACAUCCUUCUCCGCCGAGGUCUUCCCCGGCGUGUCUCUCGGCAACGGAAGUGAUGGAAAUGGCAUCCUGCUUGGCCCUCUAGUUGUCAACUCCAGCUUUGCCCUGGUUUCCAUCACCGUCCCCGUUCGCCAGAACGACCAGCCCCGUUAUAUAUUGGGAUACAUGACACUCGUUGCCACUGCGAAUACCUUGAUAGAUGUCCAGAGGUCUCGGGAAGGGCUGGGUCGCACGGGAGUGGUCCUUUUCAUGGGCUCUACGAACCCUUGGAAUCACUUUGAGAGGCGGGUAGCGGCAUCGAAUGAAACAUGGCAACCGCCGCCGGACGAGUUCUCCAAAGAAGAUAUACACUUCCUCCUCCCACCCCAUCCGCCAGAGGAUCAGGAUGAUCGUCAUGACCAACACAGCUAUGAGUCGGGAAACUUUGGCGCUCCUUUCCCCGUAACUUCUUAUCCCAUGGUUCACGACGUCUUCCGCAAGCAAAACCUUGAGCAUCCCAACUAUGCAAUCAGCGACCUGACUACUACCAACGAACAAGGGCACUCGGUGGCGGUGGGUGCUGCCCGACCGCAAACAUCACUGGUGUCGUGGGCUGUGGUGGUAGAACAAGAUGCAAAUGAGGCCUUUGAACCCAUUCACACCCUCAGGAGCAUCCUCUUGGCCUGUGUGUUUGGCACCUUGGGACUUGUGCUGCUCCUGAUCUUCCCUUGCGCCCAUCUCAGUGUUAUGCCCAUUUUGAGGCUCAAGUCUGCCACAGAGAAGUCGAUCGCCCCGCCAGGUUACGAGGAUGAAGACAGCGACUCGUAUGACGAAGAAAACCCCAGCUCGGGGGGCACAACUUCCGGGCGGCUAUCCGAAAAAACGAUCGUGGGCAAGAUUCGCCGUCACAUCCGCAGACGUAGACGAGCCAAGGCUCGGCAGGGCAUUUCGAAUGAACCCACUCGUCGACAGUUCAAGAUACCAGCACGUGUGGAGGACCGCAAGCACUUUGUGACGGACGAGCUGACGGAGCUUACGCAAACAUUCAACGAAAUGACGGAUGAGCUUUUGAAGCAAUACACCUCGCUGGACGAGAAAGUGGCCGAACGGACCAGGGAGCUCGAGAUCAGCAAGAAGGCUGCCGAGGCUGCAAACGAGAGCAAGACCCUGUUUAUCGCCAACAUCUCGCACGAGCUCAAGACACCGUUGAAUGGAAUUAUGGGCAUGUGUGCAGUUUGCAUGGAGGAAGACGACAUCGUUCGUAUCAAGCAAUCGCUCAAAACGCUCUACAAAUCGGGAGAUUUGCUGCUCCAUCUGCUUGAGGACUUGCUCAGUUUCUCCAAGAACCAAAUUGGGCAACAAGUCAGCCUUGAAGAGCGGGAUUUCCGGUUGGGUGAGGUUCGAUCACAGAUGCUUGCCAUUUUUGACAAGCAAGUCCGGGAGAACAAGGUCAGCUUUGCUGUUAACUUUGUCGGCACCGAAUACAUCGACGGAAACCCAAGUCCAGAACGGACAAGCAUCGACAAACGGCUUCCUGCUCUGGGCCCCCCUGGUGUCGGCAGGUUGAAGGAUAUGUGUCUCUGGGGAGAUCAGCAUCGUAUCUUGCAAGUCAUCAUUAACCUGGUGAGCAACAGCUUGAAGUUCACGCCAGCAGGAGGCAAGGUUGAGCUCAGGAUCAGGUGUCUUGGUGAGAUCGAGCAGCCAAGUGAUGAGAGUAGGACAUCGUCCUUCUCCAAAAAUGGGUCCAACCGCCCGGGACGAACGCGUCAUCGCAUGGGUUCCGGGUCGACACAUUCGGCCAGUUCCAAGGGCGGGCAGUCUCCAGCGUCACCACCACCAAAAACAGAUGGCACGGCGCUCUCCAUCAACCCCGUUGAUCGAAAGGUUUCCACCCACAUUCAAAUCAGAGAGCGCUCACCAACACCUCCACCGCCGAAUGCAAGAACGUACAUGUUCGAAUUCGAAGUGGAAGACACAGGCCCUGGUAUCCCCGAGCACAUGCAGCAAAAGAUCUUUGAGCCUUUCGUACAGGGCGACUUGGGCCUGAGUAAGAAGUAUGGCGGCACCGGUCUGGGACUGAGCAUCUGCUCGCAGCUGGCGACCAUCAUGGGCGGUAGUAUCUCGCUGAAGAGUACUGUUGGUGUUGGUACGACGUUCACCAUGCAGAUACCACUCAAGUACAUUAGAGAUCGUACAGCAUCCAGUAGUAUUGGGUCUCGUCCACAGAGCGUGUCUUCAGCAGACGGGCGCGCGGCUGCUGAGGCUGACCGGCGGAAUUCGCUAUCUAGAGCCUCCAACGACGUCCAGCCUCCGCCAUCUACCGUGCUCGAUAAGCAACCCCGCCUAGUAGGCCUGAGACAGCCAUUUUUUGCGACAAAUCUCACAGCCCGCCCUACUGCAGAGGAUCAGUUGGCCGUGAUUGAUCGCGCCAUGGAAAACAAGCCACCUGAGCAAGGGAAGCUCCGCGUCCUCGUGGCCGAUGACAACUCGACCAACAUUGAAGUUGUCAGUCGAAUGCUCAAGCUGGAAGAUAUCUACGAUGUGACCAUUGCCAAGGACGGGCAAGAAGCAUAUGAUCUUGUCAAAGCCAACAUGGAGAACAACCAGCGCUUCGAUGUCAUCUUCAUGGACAUUCAAAUGCCAAAUCUCGAUGGUCUCCAGUCCACUCGAUUGAUCCGAAAGAUGGGUUACUCUGCUCCCAUUGUUGCUCUGACCGCAUUCUCCGAGGAGUCCAAUGUCAAGGAGUGCAUGGAAUCGGGAAUGGAUGAGUUCCUGAGCAAGCCUAUCCGACGGCCGGCAUUGAAACAAGUGCUCAAGAAGUUUGCCACCAUUGAGGAAGAGCCCGAGACAUCAAGCUUGACGACAAAGAAAACCUCGCCAAACCAGACCCCGGCACAGACGCCAGGCCAAGAGAGCUCCGACCCCCUUGCUCUCACCAAUGGAGACGCCGUUGCACCUAAGGCUAAGGGAACUGCCCAUGGCCCUCGUAUAAAUGGUUCGGCCUGA